UGAGGGAGGCCCGGCUGCGCCGCGCGGCCUCCCCCGCCCCGAGCGCGCUUCUUCCCCCCACGCAGAGCCGCCGGCGCUGCUCCCCCGCCUCGGGCCGGGCCGGGGCCCAGCGGGCCCGCAGGCGGAGGCGGCGGGGACGAGGCGCGUGUGAAGCGUGUGCUUCCGCCCCCCGAAGACGGGCCCGAGGAAGGGCUGCAGGCGGCGGCCGGGGCAGGAGUGGUGGGGCCGGGCUAGACCCCAGGGCUCCCUGCCCCGGGGACCACUGGCCCCGCAGCGCGGCGGGGGCCCGGCCCGGCGUUCCCAGCGGUCCCGGUGCCUCAGCCGCUGCUGGCGGUGCGUGGAAGAGCUGGGAAGCAGCCAAAAGGUGCAGAAAGACACUAACCGACUUCUUUAGCUUAGCUGAGGCUUUGAAGACUGCCGAGGAACACUCGAUUUGACUCAUUUAAACAUUAAAAUAAUAAUACCCAUGGAAGAGCCACAAGACUUACCCGAACAACCAGUGAAAAAAGCCAAAAUGCAGGAAUCCGGAGAACAAAGCUUGAGUCACGUGAGCAACACGGAAGUCAGCGAUCAGAAACCUGAAUCUUCAAGCCUUGGUUCAAACCUUCCCAUGUCCAGUGAGAUUAUGGCAUGCACUGAUUAUAUCCCAAGGUCAUCAAAUGAUUAUACCUCACAAAUGUAUUCUGCAAAGCCAUAUGCACAUAUCCUUUCUGUACCUGUCUCGGAAACAAUGAGCCCUUACCCAGGUCAGACUCAGUACCAAGCACUACAGCAGUCGCAGCCCUACACCAUCUACCCCCAGACCACCCAAACCUACGGACUACCUCCUUUCGGUGCACUGUGGCCAGGUAUGAAACCUGAAAGUGGUUUAAUUCAGACUCCAUCUACAAGUCAGCACAGUGUUCUUACCUGCACUACAGGGUUAACCACAAGCCAGCCCAGCCCAGCACAUUAUUCUUAUUCCAUUGAAGCAUCGACUACCAAUGCCAGUCCAGUCUCUACAUCCUCAACUGUUGUCAAUAUUUCCACGUCGGCAGUAGCCACCAUCUCACAGGAAUACCCUACCUACACGAUCCUUGGCCAGAGUCAGUACCAGACAUGUUACCCAAGUUCUGGCUUUGGAGUUGUAACACCAGCAGACAGCAACACGGAGAGUACUGCGUUAGCAACAGCUACGUACCCAACCGAAAAACCAAACACCAUGGUGCCUACGCGGACAGUGCAGAGACAUUCCUCCGGAGAUGCAUCCACAAGCCCUUCAUUAUCAAGAGCAACAGCAAGUAAAGAGUUAGAUGAGCAGGCAAGAAAAAACAUGCCUGGGAAGAACAGGGGGAAGAGGAAAGCAGAUACCUCUUCCUCACAGGACAGUGAACUGGAGCGAGUGUUUCUCUGGGACCUGGAUGAGACCAUCAUAAUCUUCCAUUCACUUCUCACAGGGUCUUACGCUCAAAAAUACGGCAAGGAUCCAACUCUAGUAAUUGGCUCGGGUCUCUCAAUGGAGGAGAUGAUUUUUGAAGUAGCUGAUACUCAUUUGUUUUUCAAUGACUUGGAGGAGUGUGACCAGGUACAUAUAGAAGAUGUGGCAUCUGAUGACAAUGGCCAAGAUUUAAGCAAUUACAAUUUCUCCACGGAUGGCUUCAGCGGCUCAGGAAGUAACGCAAACCACAGCUCAUCAGUUGGCGUCCAGGGUGGAGUGGACUGGAUGAGAAAACUGGCCUUCCGCUAUCGCAGGGUACGAGAGAUCUACGAUAAGUACAAAACUAACGUUGGAGGCCUCCUUAGCCCGCAGAAGAGGGAAGCUCUGCAGCGACUAAGGACUGACAUAGAAGUGCUAACGGAUUCCUGGCUGGAAACUGCCUUGAAGUCCCUGCUGCUCAUACAGUCCAGAAAAAACUGUGUGAACAUCCUGAUCACAACCACCCAACUGGUGCCAGCUCUUGCCAAAGUUCUCCUGUAUGGAUUGGGCGAGGUGUUUCCCAUCGAAAAUAUUUACAGCGCUACGAAAAUAGGUAAAGAGAGCUGUUUUGAGAGGAUUGUGUCGCGAUUUGGAAAGAAAGUCACCUAUGUGGUAAUUGGAGAUGGGCGCGACGAAGAGGUUGCAGCCAAGCAGCACAACAUGCCCUUCUGGAGGAUCACGAAUCACGCAGACCUCGUGUCCCUUCACCAAGCCCUCGAGUUAGACUUCCUGUAAGAAGCCGGAGCGAAGGCCUGACCGCGGCUCCUUCCAGCCCUCUCCAUCGCUGGGGAGGCGGGAAUCUCGUACAUUUGGGGACUCACUUUUCAGCUUGAUGAAGAAAACAUACCUAAUGCAAACUGUACAGUAGAACACGACAGCGGGUCAUUUCCUCAGGAGCACAGGCCCUGCCAGCGCAGAGGUGUCCCGUCAGGGAGCACCAGGCUCAGCAGAGCUAGAGCUUCUCUGGAGAAGGGAUUUACAGAAGCCAGCUGAACUCCUGGAGCAGGUAGUCUCCAGCGGGAGGGGGUGAUACAACAGCGGAAGUAUUUGGAAGAGCCUUCUCCUUUCUGUUCAGCUUAGUUGUAGAACCCAAGUAAACACAAAACCUUAUUUUUAUAGAAAAAUACCGAUGGCAGAGCUGAACCUCCCUUGUUUCGCAAAGCCGAAAAGCUAUGUGUUUUUUUUUUUUUUUCCAUAGGAAAUAUUAAUGAAAAUGUCAAAAAUACCUCUAUUGCUGUGAAAUGUGUCCUCUCUCCUUCCCCGGGUGUUCAAAGCAGUUUUAUUUAUUACAAUGUCCUUAUGUUAUUUCCUCAGCGUGGGAUUACUGGAAAAUGGAAAGUUAAGGGAAUGUUUCUGGGACACGUGGUUUCUGUAGAGGACAGUGUUGGUGUUCGGAGUUGAUCCGGCAGCUUCUAGUCAGUGCGUGCACAAGCCGUGUUAACAAGCGGGAGAUCGUUGGAUUUCAGCUGUCCGUGACCCAGCGCGUAGAUCCCACAGAUUUUCCCUCUGAAGGAAAACAAAACUGCCUGGAACAUUAGAUACGGCACAAUGCUAUUGCGAACUGCUCAGAUGGGAAUGGAGUCCUCGUCUGGACUAGGAGUAAUUUGAGAGAACUAAAUUCUCAUGAAUGUUACAAAGAAGGGUGUGUUCAUUAACCUUCACCUCUGCUUUCCUGACUCCAUUUGUGAGAGUAGGUUCCUUUUAGUAGAAUCAGAUUGGAUUUUCUUGUAUUUUUCUUUGCGUUAGCCUAACUACAUAGUUAGAAACAAAACCCUUGUUAAGAGGGACUUAAUUUUCUGAGACACUGUGACUUGGCAGCCUGGAGCACACUGGCCUUGGGAGUGAUGGUUACGCCGUUUUUUCUGCCGCCGUCUCAGAGAAAAAGGCUGGAGUCGGUGACCUGCAGGACCGCCGGGCAGAAGCUGCUCUGGAGGCUGGGGGCUGGCGCAAGGCGCUGGUUUCGUGCCAGGUCAGGCCGCGUGCAGCCGUGUCUGCCUCCUGCCCGUACCUCGGCGGCACCAAAUCAGCAGGUGCUGGGGGGUUCCGCGCAGGGGAGACGUCAGCUGUGCCCCGCUGCGCUCCUCUGCCACCGCAGCUGCACCCAAACCCUGCCAGGUCGCUGGUCCCCAGCCCAGCGUCACCCUCUGGGACCCACAGGGGGCUGGUCUGGAAGCGUGUUGCUUCAGGGGAGACGCUCUGCCCCCCUGGGGCUGCGCCCGCAGAAGCAGGUGAUGUGUUCGUUGCAUUCCUUUCGUGGCAUUAAUUACUGAGGAAUAAUUUCCGUCAGUGCCGGGGGCGUUGCUCUGCUGCGCCCCGGGAGCGUUCCUUGGGCAGCACCGUGGAGGAGAUGCCUAGAGCAAGGGGUUUGGAUCCCCGGAGCUAACGGAGCUGGAGACAGAGGUCUCUGUUCCCAUGUUCCUAGCUCCAGUUUUGGUUUUAAUUAUUAAAAAAAAAUUAAAAUCAGAGGAGCUUCUCCAAGGUGGUCAGAAGAGUUGGGAGCAGCGCGCUUUCCAUCCGACGCCUUCCUGGGUGUUGGCCUUGUGCUCUCAUCUCAGGCAGAUGCUCUGGAUCUGCGUUAUUUCCCCAGGAACUCCGCUUUAGGAGCAUCGUCAUCUGUGGAGAAGCUGCUGCCUGUGAGAAAAAUGCCGUUAGAAAAAUGCGAGGAGUCGAUUUCUGCUGCGGGUGUCCCUCAGUAGGGGAAGGGGUGUCUUUUGGCUGCGCUGCCAGCAGCCGCUCUGCCGGCAGCUGCUGGCCCAGCAGAGCCCCCGCGGCGAGCUGGGGCCAUGCGUGUCCUGCGCAGCAGCAGGGCUUGAAGGGAAGCGGGAACAGGAGCCCACGGGGGUGUUCUCCCCCCUGCCGUGUGCACGGAGGGGAGGGCUCAGGUGUGCUGCUGGGUGUUCCCCGGCGGCGGGGGCAGCCCAGGUGCGUGCGGUGGUAUUGCACGACGGUGUGGGCCCCCGUGCGGGGAAGGCAGAGCCGCUGCAGGGCUACAGCUCCGUGACUGCUGGGUCCGUGAAGAGCCCGGUUCAUCUGGGGUCCCUGCGACGUGUCGUUACCGCGUCAGCCAGGGCGGAUCUGGUAGGAAGUGAGCCGCUCCGAGAAGCAGCCCCGUUGCUCCCAGGGUCUGAAAUGUCUCCAGAAGAUCAGAACUUCUUUGCAGUCACAGAAGAGUCUGUGCUGGAUCCUGACCGUCUCUCGGCGGGUCCCCAGCCCAUCCAGAGGUCUCCUGUGAGCGGGCUUGGGACGUGUCCCAGCCUGUGAAACAGCCUGUUCGGGGCACAUCUCGUGCUCUGGCCAGCUGAACUUUGGGAUUAAAACCUGUGCCUUAACCUUCCACCAUCCGGCGUGGCCGAGCGGCCCAUUGGCUUCACUAGUGGCCAGAGCGGCUUGUGGGAGAGCGGCCCGUGCUGGCCCGCGGCGGGAGGUGGGACGUGUUUUGCCCAGGCACUCGCGGUGAGUGCUGGACCCAAGGUACCAAGCAGCCCGGCAGCUGGCUGGCUUUGCUUUGUGUUUGUUUACUUUAAAAUGUUUUAAGGAAAUUUUAAGAUGGCAAAAUUUUAGCUGAGUGUGGAACUCUUGCAGCCAGUGACAUUUCAUACUGAUAUUUAUACGAUGUCUCCUUGAAUGUAUGUAAAAUACUUUUAUAAUAGGAGGUUGAUGGUACGUUUCUGUGUUUAUGUUUAAUAAAGGUUGACCUGGCUAUUUUAUUUUUGCCUCUGCUGGCUGAAUUAAGACUUUUCCUGUCUCGUAUGGCAGGAACAGCAUCUCUAGCUGCACGUCGGUUUGCAUCUGUCUCUGUGCUCUCCCGUUUCCCCUGACCUGGCUGUAGCUGAACUGGUGACAAACCCCAACGCCGGAACGACAGCAGCUGCUGGCCGUGGGCUCCCCUCCAGCACCACCGCAGCUGUGGAGGCUUUGAAAAACCCACCUGAGCCACUAAUGUUUGCUGCCUCCAAGAGCCCUGGGGGAGAUGUCUGUGCCGGCGCUCGCGGAAAGCAGCAGGACCCCGCAGCAGCCCUGUGCUGCGUUGCCGACCCCGCGGCAGCAGGAGUGCGGUGAGCCCCGGGCGCUGCGGGGCCUUUGCCCGGUCGUGGUCUGUGUUAUGGGAACUGUCCUAUGAACUGGAAAAAGAAAAAAAAAAUAAAAUCUUUAUUUUCUAUA